AUGUCUCAAUUACAGCGCGAAAUGCGGUCAUCUCACCGCAGCGGCGCGCGUUCGGACGGCAGGGCCUCUUCUAAAUCCGGCCUACGCAGUCCUAGUCUGAAAAGUCCCAAUAUGGACGCAGAAUACAACGAAUUUGACGAGAGCCUGAUGGACAUGAGUUUCAUGAAACUGGACGACAUGCUGCGCCAGAAAAUACAGAGCACGGAAUCGCUGUCGUCCACUGCCGCGGUUGCCGGGUCGCCGAUAAGCCGGCAGGAGAGCAGGGCAAAUUCGCUGAUCGGGUCCAUCAUCGACAGCGAGGAGGACACCGGCGCGGGCGAGGCCGGCGACGACGGGGGAGUCGUGAAAAUAUACACUGUCUCGGACGUGAUAACGGCGCUGGGCCGGCCAAGAAGCAAGAUAAACUCGUUGUCGAGAGAGUUUUUGCUGGGCGAACUGUAUCACAUGAUUGUGAAAAAACCUCUGGCCUCCAACGGGAAGGUGGUCAACGAGACGGAUCUGGAGUCGUUGAUCUCGUUUAUCAAGACGGCGCGUUCCGGACUCGAGUUUGUGUUUGCUCUGCGCUCCGCCGUCGCCUAUAUAGCCAGCGACUCCGACGAGGUGGCUACGGUAGCUGUGGAGAGCUUGUUUCCUGUUCUGCUUGAUAAAAUCUACAGCACAGAAGAGGCCUACGAGGGCGUUCGCUCAAGCUGUUUGAUUGCAUAUGCUAGCAUGCUUUUGGUGAUCUACAACGAGUCGCAUUGCUACGGUCUGGAAAAUAGCGUCGAGACACUCAUGGAGUUGGCCGAAGGGUUCAGCGCCGGCAGUCUGACGGAAAAUGACGAGGAUAUUGUUGUGAAUGCUCUCAAUGCCGUUGGCAUUGUUGUCAGUCUGCUCUAUAAAGCUGGACGUGAGGUCAACACCGUCAUACAGGACAACAUUCCUCUACUGAUGAAUUUCCUGGCGGAGGAGUUCUCGAAGAAGGUCCAGAAAACGGCUGCUGUUGUGAUUGCAUUGAUGUACGAGGUGUUUGAUUAUGACGACGACGAGGAGCCCUACCACGAUCUAGACGAUCUGAAGAACAUUCUGACACAGUUGGUGAGGUAUUCCUCGAAAAAAGUGAGCAAGAAGGACAAAAAAGAGUCUCGCUCGAUAUUCAGAGAGGUUCUGCGGAGCAUCGAGGAACGGGCACACGAAGCCAGCGGGGAGACAGAGGUGUUGUCGAGGUUCAGGCUCAGCGGUUCGAAAACCCUACCGAUCACCAGCUGGUUCGAAUAUAUCCGCCUGUUGCAUCUCAGAUACAUUUUUGGCUCCGAGCUGAAUCUGCACUACAUUUCUUCCAGGGAAGUGCGCAACCUGCUGGCCCCGCCCGACGACGAGUCUGCGAAGUUCAGGUCAACAGACGAUGAGUACCAGGAACACAACAAAGCGUGGAAGUCAGAAACUGGACGUCUGAGCAGUAUUAAAAAGGACCAAAAAAUCAGGGAAGCACGAGAAAGAAAACUGCGGGAACAGCUAGGAGAUCUUGCAUUGGAAUGA